UUGUUUCCACACCAUCAACAAAUUACACAAAGACAUAACAAAGACAAGAAGAAGAAGAAGAGUUUCAAGUUUUAGACAAAAGAAGAAGUAAAGAUGAAUUCUAAGGCAAUGCAAGCUUUGAUCUUUCUUGGUUUCUUGGCCACUUCAUGUCUCGCUCAAGCUCCGGCUCCAGCACCAACCACCGUUACUCCUCCACCUACGGCUCUUCCUCCCGUGACUGCUGAAACACCUUCACCAGUUGCUUCACCUCCGGUUCCAGUCAACGAGCCAACUCCAGCACCAACCACCGCACCAACCACUUCUCCAACAACAUCUCCCGUUGCUUCUCCUCCUCAGACCGAUGCCCCUGCUCCUGGUCCAUCCGCUGGAUUAACUCCAACUCCAGCUCCAGCUCCAGGACCAGACGGUGCCGCUGAUGCACCAAGUGCCGCGUGGGCUAACAAAGCUUUCCUUGUGGGAACAGCUGUUGCCGGAGCUUUAUACGCUGUCGUUUUGGCUUAGAGAGCUCUUGAUGGAUUUGGAUAUAUAUCCUCUGCUUUCUAUUACUGUUUUAUUUUUAAUUACUUCUUCUCGUUCAUAUUUGUCUUUGUUUUAUUUUUUUUUCUUUUACUAUUGUUAUUAUUUUGACGUGGGACAUGUAUAAUUCGUUGGGGCUGAGGAUGAACAUAGAGAGACGAUAUGGUGUAAUAUCUAUUCUUUUUUUAUAUAUAAAUUAAAAUAAUUCUUUGAAAUA